AACAUCAAGGAGACCACGUUUGCUAUAGAACGGAGGUGGGGUUGGCCGGGGAGUGGGGGGAAAUAAAGGCAACAAUCGGAUAAAUGCUCGUCUGUCCUCUUCGUCACCAGCACCUUGCUCAGUGAAUUGGAAGAUGGAGAUGGAUGUUAAGGGAGUUUCUCAGUGCCCAGAGCCCAUCCCCCACUCGCAGGGGUCUGGAGGCUGUCAGCAGCAGCAGCAGCAGCAGCAACAGCAGGAUGGGCAGGCAGGGGAAAGUGCAACUGCUAGUGACAGUAAUAAUCCAGAGAAGAGGCAAAACAGUGAGAAAGAAGACAAAAAGAGGUCAACAGCCAGCAAGACUUCAGGUGCUCCUUCAUAUAGCAGAUGGUCCAGCUCACAGCCACAUCAGUCCAGCUCCACAGUGAGAACAUACCAAAACAGUAAAUCAAGAGUGACCAUGAGCCCUGGCUUUAGCUCACAGUGGAACAGCAGCCAACCUGCUUGGAACACAUACACCUUUCCAAGAGCAAGCUUGCACUACCAGUCCCAUGCCAGCUACACCUACUGUGCUGGACACCCUGCUGUAAGUAAUUAG